GUCGUCUCCAUCAACUUCGCACUUGGUUGUGUGUGCCGAACUCGCCGUCCCAAGUAUAGGAGGAGUAGUCGUCUGGUACUGUACGAGUCCAUCUGAGCCGAGUGUUGCUCUACUUGUACUCUCCUCCGCACUGCCUUCCGCGCCACUGCUUUUUCCCCGGCCGUCGAAUCCUUUUCUUGCUCCUCACCGGUCAGAAUCACGUCGGUUUGUCAUCUUGCUCCCCUCGAUCCUCUCCACUCCGCUAUUCGUUCUCUUGAUCCCUUCCUAUGGCUAGCUCGGGCGGAGCACUUCUUGCCUUCGUCUUCCUCCUCCUCCGUUGAUUCGUCUCCCAGGCGAUAGCCGUCGGUGGUUCCUGGAGAUGGCGAGCUCGGGCUCAGCUUUACUGCUCCGUGUCCUCUGCCUCUGCAGCGUCCUGGCGCUCGCCCUCCCGGCCAGGCCGGCCAACGUCACCAUCGGCGCCCUCUUCACCUUCGACUCCGUCAUCGGGAGCUCCGCCAGGGCCGCCAUCGACCUCGCCGUCGCCGACGUCAACCGCGACGCCGCCGUCCUCAACGGCACGCACCUCACCGUCUUCGCGCAGGACACCAAGUGCAGCGGCUUCGUCGGAACCAUCCAAGCGCUGCAGCUGAUGGAGAAGGAGGUGGUGGCGGUGGUGGGCCCGCAGUCGUCGGGGAUCGCCCACGUGGUGUCGCACGUCGUCAACGAGCUCCACGUCCCGCUGCUCUCCUUCGCCGCCACCGACCCGGCGCUCGCCUCCGCGCAGUACCCCUACUUCGUGCGCGCCAUCCGCGGCGACGACUCCUCCCAGAUGGCCGCCGUCGCCGACAUCGCAACCUACUACGGCUGGAGGGAGGUCACGGUCAUCUACGUCGACAACGACUACGGCCGCGGCGGCGUCGACGCUCUCGGCGACGCGCUCGAGGCCAGGCGUGCCAAGGUUUCCUUCAAGGCGUCCCUCCCUCCCGACGCGGACGCCGCCGCCGUCGUCGACCUGCUCGUGCAGGUCAGCAUGAUGGAGUCCAGGGUGUGCGUCGUGCACGUCAACCCGGACUCCGGCCUCGCCGUCUUCGCCGCCGCGCGGUCUCUUGGCAUGAUGACGUCCGGCUACGUCUGGAUCGCCACCGACUGGCUCGCCGCCGCCGUGGACUCGAAGCGGCCGGCCGAUCAUAGGAUGAUGAGCCUCAUCCAGGGAGUGGUCACGCUCCGCCAGUACACCCCGGACUCCGCCGCUAAGAGGUCGCUCAAGUCGAGGUUCGCCGCGGGGCAGCUGAACCGGAGCGCGGCCGUGAACGCGUACGGGCUCUCCGCCUACGACGCCGUGUGGAUGGCGGCGCGAGCCAUCGACGAGUUCCUGGACGACGGGGGGAACAUCACCUUCUCGGCCGACCCGAGGCUGCAGCAGGAGGCGAACGGGAGCAGCACGCUGCGGCUGGACUCGCUCAGGGUGUUCGACCAGGGGGAGCUGCUGCUGCAGAAGGUGAUGCUGGCCAACUUCACGGGAGUCACUGGCGACGUGCGGUUCUCCGCGGGCGGGAAGAGCCUUGUCGACCCCGCCUACGAGGUCCUCAACGUCGGCGGCACGGGCGUCCGGCGGGUGGGAUACUGGUCGAACCACUCGCGCCUGUCUGUCGCCGCGCCCGCGCCCACUCCAACUACCAGAAGCAACCGCAGCAUUGAUCAGCAGCGGCUGUACAGCGUGGUCUGGCCGGGGGAGACGACGUCGCCGCCGCGCGGGUGGGUGUUCCCGAACAACGGCCGGCUGCUGAGGAUCGGCGUGCCGUACCGAACGACGUACAAGCAGUUCGUGUCCAAGGACAGCAGCCCCGACGGCGUGAGCGGGUACUGCAUCGACGUGUUCAAGGCCGCCGUGGCGCUGCUGCCGUACCCUGUCCCCUUCUCCUUCAUCCUCUUCGGCGACGGCGUCAAGAACCCCAGCUACGGCGACCUCGUCAACAAGGUGGCCGACAACUAUUUCGACGCGGCCGUGGGCGACGUGUCCAUCGUGACGAACCGGACGCGGGUGGUGGACUUCACGCAGCCGUACGUGGAGUCCGGGCUGGUGAUCCUGUCGCCGGUGAAGCAGAAGAGCUCCAACGCGUGGGCCUUCCUCAAGCCGUUCACGCUGGGGAUGUGGGCCGUCACCGGCGCCUUUUUCCUCUUCGUCGGCAGCGUCAUCUGGGUCCUCGAGCACCGCUUCAACCCCGAGUUCCGGGGAUCCCCACGCCAGCAGCUCGUCACCAUCUUCUAUUUCGGCUUCUCCACAAUGUUCUUCGCCCACAGGGAGAACACUGUGAGCUCGCUGGGUCGUUUCGUGCUCCUCAUCUGGCUGUUCGUGGUGCUGAUCAUCAACUCCAGCUACACGGCGAGCCUGACGUCGAUCCUGACGGUGCAGCAGCUGUCCACGGGGAUUCAGGGGCUGGACGGACUCCUCGCCAGUGCCGACCCCAUCGGCUACCAGGUCGGAUCCUUCGCCAAGAGCUACAUGAUGCAGGAGCUGAACGUGCCGGAGUCCCGACUCAAGGAGCUCAACAUCGACCAGUAUGCCAACAGCCUCAGGCUCGGCCCGCACAACGGUGGCGUCGCCGCCAUCGUCGACGAGCUCCCCUACGUCGAUCUCUUCCUCUCCACCAACUGCCAGUUCAAGACCGUCGGACAAGAAUUCACCAAGAGCGGAUGGGGAUUCGCGUUCCAGCGGGACUCGCCUCUGGCGGUGGACCUGUCGACGGCGAUCCUGACACUGUCGGAGAACGGUGACCUGCAGCGGAUCCACGAUAAGUGGCUCAGCCCGGGGCAGUGCGCGUCGUCGACGGGCACCAACGUCGCCGUCGACAGGCUGAACCUCAGCAGCUUCUGGGGCCUCUUCCUCAUUUCCGGCAUCGCGUGCUUCAUCGCGCUGCUCGUCUUUUUCACCAGGAUACUGUGCCAGUACGGCAAGUACAACCAGGGCGUCGACGAGGUGACGGACGAGGAGUCCCCGGUGAGGCGACCGGAGCGGAUAAGGAGCAUCAGGGAUCUGAUGGCGUUCGUGGACAUGAAGGAGGAAGAGGUCAAGAGGGCCAUCAGGAGGAAGCCCAGCGACGACCGCCGGGAUAGGUCCAUCGCCAGCUCCGGCGGGGCUUCCUCCCUCUCCCCGUCCACGGUGUAGCCAGCUGCUCUCUCCCGGUAGCCUAAAUGGAUUAACGGUGAUGUUGAUUACCCAAGCUGCGGCGCAAACGAAGUUUGGUGCAGCUGCUGAAACGAUACUGUAAUGUAAUUGCUAAUUAGGCAGUGUUGAUAUGCAUACUCUUACAACAUAGUACAUUGACUAUGGUAUAGGUAGAUUAGAUUUAACUCAUAUUACAAGACUUCAAUUUCUGCAGAAGGGGGAUAUUUUUUCGUUUUUUCCA